UUGCGCUCUGCCACAUUUUCAUCUGUGUCUACACUUGCCAUCAGAACUGUUUUAAAUUAGGUUCUCUGGCGGACACAAGCCUUAUAAUUCAUCAUGGGUUCAGGAAAGAAGGAGGCCAACCGCAAAGAGCGGCAGGGCAAGGUCGGAGAUGGUAUGGGCAAUGUCAGAACGAAAGGUGAAAACUUUUACAGAGAUGCGAAGAAGUUGAAGACUUUGAACAUGUUCAAAGAUGGUAAAGCUCAACACGAUGCCCAGGGAAAUGUUACCAAGGCCGCUUCGUAUCAAUCGCGAGAAGCCCCCACGGCCCGCAUCGAGCCCAACCGUAAAUGGUUCGGGAACACAAGAGUCAUCUCGCAGGAGGCUCUGUCGUCCUUCCGCGAGGCUGUUGCCGAGCGUGCUUCCGACCCUUACCAGGUCUUGCUCAAGACAAACAAGCUUCCCAUGAGCCUGAUCAGAGACGGUCAAGGCACCAAUGGGUUAAAGCAACACCAGGCGAAGAUGGCGAUCGAGACUGCGCCCUACAAUGACACAUUUGGCCCCAAGGCUCAAAGAAAGCGAGUCAAGUUGGGAGUAUCGUCUCUGGAAGACCUUGCUGGCGAGACCGCAAAGGUGCAAGAGGCGUACAUUGAAAAGACAGACUCAGGUACACAUGAGGAUGGUAGUGCCAUCGCUGCUGCGGAUGUUGGUGCAGAUGACGGCCUCGGCUCAGCGCCUACUGCCAGAGAAUCCGUCUUCUCGAAAGGACAAAGUAAGCGAAUUUGGAACGAACUUUACAAGGUUAUCGACUCUUCCGAUGUUGUCAUCCAUGUCAUUGAUGCUCGUGACCCCGAGGGCACCCGUUGUCGAAGCGUCGAGAAGUACAUUCGCGAGGAGGCUCCCCACAAACACUUGAUCUUUGUGCUUAACAAGUGUGAUCUGGUACCAACAGGUGUGGCGGCCGCUUGGGUGCGACAUCUGUCAAAGGACCACCCCACUCUCGCAUUCCAUGCUUCGAUCAACAACUCUUUCGGUAAAGGAUCGUUGAUUCAGCUUCUCCGACAGUUUUCGUCUCUUCAUGCCGAUCGGAAGCAAGUGUCCGUCGGAUUUAUCGGCUACCCCAACACCGGAAAAUCGUCGAUUAUUAACACUCUUCGCAAGAAGAAGGUGUGCACAGUUGCUCCUAUUCCUGGAGAGACCAAGGUCUGGCAAUACAUCACGUUGAUGAAGAGAAUUUAUCUCAUCGACUGUCCUGGUGUGGUUCCACCAAACCAGAACGACACCGAGCAAGACAUUCUACUCCGUGGCGUUGUGCGAGUAGAGAACGUUGAGAACCCCGAGCAGUACAUUCCUGCUGUUCUCAAGAGGGUUCAGCCCAAGCAUCUUGAGCGUACCUACGGCGUGAAGAACUGCGAGGAUCCUAUCGAAUUCCUCAGCAUUCUCGCUCGCAAGGGUGGUCGUCUCCUCCGAGGAGGUGAGCCUGACCUUGACGGUGUCGCCAAGAUGGUCAUCAAUGAUUUCCUCCGCGGCAAGAUCCCUUGGUUCACUCCCCCACCCACCGGAGCUGGAGAUGGGAGUGAAAAGAUCGAAGGCCGUGAGGGUAGACUCGGAGAGAUGGGUCGGAAGCGAAAGCUUGAUGAAACCGCCCCCGAGCCCGCAGACGGUUCGAAGAACGCGUCGGACGAGCCGGCCUCCAAGUCUGGGGAUGAAUUUGAAGGAUUUGGCGAUAGCGAUGAUGAUGAUAACGACUCUAUUGCUAACCUGGAAGUAAGCGACGAGGAAAGUGAAGAGGAUGAGUGAAUGCUUUCCGCUGUCUCCGUCCGACUUGAAAGUCGAGAAGAGGAUCCAAGCAGUUGCCGUCCGGGUUAACUAGCCGUGACCAUGGCAUGUAGCCGUUGCUCCUCAGAGAGCGUACUCUUCGCGGGAUCAUCAUGCUCUGCCGUUGAAUCGAGAGCUACUCCCAGCGAAAGCACCCCAGCGCCCGCUUUGAUGCAGGAUCAACAGAGUCCAGAACGCAUCGAUGAGCGGCGCCAAUCCAGUCAUGACUUUACACGACACCUGUUGCGUGUUACCUGAAUCAGUUUAUGAGUCAGUGUACGCAGAUCUGCUCGAUAUCAUGAUAUGGAACCUCCACAAUAGAUACCCACAUAGUCUUUAAAAUAAAAGAUUUCUGAUACGAUGAGUUGUUUGCUAC